CUUGCUCAUUCUUGCUGUUCACUGCUUGUCAGACCUUUGCUGUUUGCUGUGACCAUCCAGUCCCACAUUUGGUGUCCUUGCAUGGGUGAAUAGGAGGCUGUGCCUGGACGGGGAACAGAGCAAGCAGCUGCUUUAAGUAAUGCUUUUAUUACAAUGAUUUUAGAGGCUACCCUAACACUGUCCCAAAGUGUGUCAGGGCAUUGUGAUGUGCCACUCUGGUGUUGGGACAGAUAGGUGAGAUCCAUUACAGCCAGGUGGUGGAAGGAUCAUGAGGGAAGACUUUGUGUUACCAAAAUCCUCCAGAUUAUCUUCAACACACCCCCAGAAGGACAUCACAUGUUUCAUCACAUGUUCCAGGAGAAGCCAUCUCCUGCCCUUUCCUGAAUGAAUGCUCUUUGUUCCCUCAGUGAGUGUAUCAGAUAUGUCCUUGUGUUUGGGUAGAGGCAAUCUGAAGGUUGCCUCACAGAUCUGGUCAGUUUAGUAACUAGAUUGUAAGUGGGUUAUACCUCUAGGCUUUGUUUCAAUUAAAUAAGGGAUUCCCAAGCAACAAACCAACAGCAAAGAAGAGAUAAAAAGAAAAGAUAUUUCAAAAGUGUUCUCCGAGAGGAGCUGAGAAGCAGAGGUGUGACACUAGGGAGAUCUUACUGACAAUCUUACUCGGGGUUAUGGGAGUCCAAAGAGGUGGAGGAAUUACAGCGUGUGAGAAAGGAACUUUCUGGAGGACUUGAAAGGGGUGGUGAUUGAAAAUAUGAAUCUUUUCUCCUUUUGAACACUGCCUAUCAGCAUCCUGGGGACGUGGAUAAAUGCUAUCUUCCCUGGUUAGUUUGGGACGCAGACAUGACUUCCCCAAACUCGUUUGGUUGGUCUGUGGCAGCUGCGUGUCCGGCCCGUGAGCCUGAUCACCAAACUGCACAGUGCUGCUGCCCUGGGCUGUCUGCAGAAGGAUAAUGCUGCGUCCUUGUCAAUAAUUUGGGCAAAGUCAUGUAUGCUUGAUAUAGCUUAUGAAGUCUAAAAUAGCUUUAGAUGAAGGCUAAGGAAAAAAAAAAGUCCUCUGUGGCCGCUGCAUCAACGUUCUCAAAUUCCUUCAUUAAUGUUAAUCUAGUAAGACCCAUUUAUUUUGCUGACUAGGAAAGCAAUGCUCAGAUAAUCUCAGUGAUCUGUCACAGCAUGAGUCAGUUGCAGAGGAGUAGGUUUUCUAGUUUCUUACUCACAGUUCUGAGAUUCAGUCACAAAAGUUGCCUCUCCUGUUUUUGCACCGUGAUGUCUCUAGCAAAGUGAGAGGAAUACAGACUUGCUUGUUUGGGAUUUUUUUCAUUUGUUUCUGUUUUGUGGUGGUUUUUUUAAACGCCAGUGGUGAGUGAUAAAGCAUCACUCAAAGACUGGUAAAGCAUCAUAGUUCAGAUUCCCACCUGGAAAGGGAAAUCCACUAUACCUCCACCUAGGAGCUAAGAGAAGCUUUUUUUCCCAUUUUCAAAAUAGAAAAUAUAAUUUCAAGAAGGUGAAUUGUCUCUGAGGGAGAGAAUGGAGAAGAAACCACCAAUGGUCUCUCCUCACCCUGGAAAUCUAAAAUAACUAGUAAUUAUAGCAAUACCAAAAGGAAUAGAGGCAGGUUAUUUCAGUGGGUGAGGGCAGGCAAGGGAUAGAAGUAACAGUGUAGCACAGAGGUGACACAGAUGUUUUUUAUGGAUGGGGGUUAUUUUAAGCAUGAGGACCAGGAAAAGUUGAGACUGUAAAGAGGGAGCAAGUAAGUAAGGCUCCUGGGUGAGGAAAAGAGGCAGAUGCAAGACAAUAUACCAGAAAAAUCCCCACAACCUUUUGGAUCCCACCUUGCAGCUGUUCAUGCACCCCUCUGUGGGCUCUGUGGGUCCCUGCAAGGUUGUACUUCUCAAAAAGGCAUUGCCUUGUCUUCUGUGCCUGCUCUGUCUGGAGGAAAAGGGGCAAAGGCAUCAGUUGAAGAGUCACUUGAUCCCUGAGAAUUUGAGCUGAUUCACAGGAAAGGAGCAGGAGUUCAGAGACACCCAUACCCACACCACUGUGUCAACACAGUCUGUCCACCCCCAUGCUUGAGUUAGGUUUGGAGCUGUAUCUCUGGUCUCUCUAGAAUGCACACUGUCCUCUCAGGCUUUGGGGGAAGGAUACAGCUAAAUGGUGAAGUCCUGACAGAGCUGGUGCUGAAGUUCCCUCAAGGGAAGUCAAAGCAUGAGGCUGGUACAGGGUGCUGAUUUGGGCCUGUGAGUUUGUGAACUUGAAGGGAAGUUGGAAGAAGGGACAUCUUGCAUUGCUUUGUGCUGAACCUGAGCUGUGAUGAACGGCUGGUGUCCUCAAACACCUGUUGAAAGGGGUGAGAAGGUGCUUGAUGCUUUGCUGAGGAACUUAGAGCCAGCAGGGAGCUGGCUGCACUCUUUGAAGGCUUCACUUGGAGGAGGAGCAGGGCAUGUCACAGGCAAAGGAUUUCUGAGCAGCAUCUGGCUGAUUAUGGGUGCUUCAGGCCUGGGGUGGGGAGCAAAGGGGACAGGAGCCCGCAGAGUACCUUCUGUCCCUGGCUCCUGUACCUCCCCACACUUCUGACUGCAGUGCUGGUGUGCUGCUGCAGGGACAGCUGAGUGGGAUCCCCAGCCCCAGAGUGUGCUCUCCCCUGCCACCAGGGCAGACACAAUAACCUUGAAAAGAAGCAAACUUGUGGAAUGUAUUCGUAGCACAAAGCAGAGUACAGCUCCUUUGUGCCAGUUAUGCCAAGUGUUUGGAGUUCUUUGUUAUCUGCUGGUUCUAAAUAACUUUUAUCACCUAGCUGCAGUCAGCAGGAGCACAUCCAGUGCCACGCAGGAAAAGAGUCGAUGCUCUGCUUCAACCCAUACCACAGUCCUGCGUGGUUUGGGUCGAUCUGAGCAAUUUGUGAGGCAGCAGACUGGAAUCAAGAAACCCCAAUGCUGUCACACCCGGGGAGCUGGACUGGCUGCCAAAGCAAUGUGGCCUUGGAGCAGCCCCAUGAAGGGCCUCCUGUACAUUCAGCAGCCGGUUGGUUUGGGGCUUGGAGGGGGAUGGCAUUCGCAGGCUCACGAUAACCUCUGCCAGGGGAAUUCUCUGCUGCAGGUCAGGCUCAGCUGGUAACACACACAAGUAGAUGCUGCCUGAUGACACCAGGCAGAGUGCUGGGCGUGUGGCAGUGCCCUGCCUCCUGUGCUCACUCUUUUUAGGGACUUGUCGCUGUCCCCAGCCAUCCUGGGCUCAGAUUUCCUGCAGAGCAGACAGCUCAUGUGCUAAUUACAGCUCAUGAAAUGGGGCCAGCCACCCUGAUCCUUCAUGUGACUAAUUAGACUUUGUUUCCUCCCCUUCUGCAGGCUUUACAGAAGGGCAAAGUUCAGGAUUUUGGAGAAAAUUCCAUAUCUUACUAGGUUGGACAGUCCCUUACAGCUUGGAAGAGAGCAAGGAGGAUUAGAAGGGCAUUAGCUUCAGCUUUCCCAAUGCCAGCUAGGCCAGGUCUUAACUUUUACUGGGUAAAUUCAAGCCUUUUGUCCUUGGAAUUGCCUCAGGGUCACAUUAUGUUUUCCAUAUGCUCUAAUACUGCUCUUCCAGCUUUGCAUUUUGUGCCCCUGUGUUGUGUUUAUGGCAGGUUUGCUGCUUUCCUGCAGCUCUCUCUUAAUGAAUGUAUGAACUAGGAUUAUGGUAGCAGGAUGGCCACAGUAUUGUGGGGUAACAGGGGCAGGGUGUGUCACUUCUGAGGAAGCCCAGUUUUGCCCUAAAUGGCCAGGCAGGUGAAGGAGCACGCAUGGUUUAUUUACAUUCCUUUCUGAAAAGCAAACCUGCUGCUCGACCUUGGCAGGAUUGGUGCAUUUGGAGGUAAAGGGUGGUGGGGAGGAGGUUAUAGCAUGCCACCAAUCAUUGGGAAGUGAGGAAAGGGUGUUUGCAGAUUCAAUUCAUGUUUCUGUACAAUGCGAAGGAAGGUUGGGGAGAUUUGAACAGCAAGGAUUGAUGGUUAAGUGCAGGUUUUAUUUUGUCCUUUGUUUCUUCUGUAGCUCAGAGCUUCCAAGCAGGCUCAGCCCUGUUCCCAAGUUGUGGGUUUUUCCUUCUAUGUGCAGUGAGAAGAGUGGAUGUAGACUUCACUUCCCUGUAUAGUGGAUUUCUGUGAUUCACUGCCAGUGGCAGCAAACAGUGCAGGGAAAUUUCUGGCUCAUUUAAACCGUGAUGUGUCAUGAGCAGGGGAUCCCAGAGGAGAGUGCAAGUGAGGGGGGCUUUGUGACCACGUGAGCCAAACCCAUCAGACUGAGCUGAGCUGCAGCCUGCCUGCCAGCAAGGCUGGUGUCCCAGGGCAGGAGGAAGCCUGGAGCUCUGACAUUGUACUGAGCCUGAUCCCAAAGGAGCCCCAGUGGAAAACAUUUUCCCUCAUGUGUUACCACAGUUUCCCCAUUGACUGGUACAUGCCCUGGUGCACCAGACAUGCCUGUUGCCCUGGAUGUAUUCUCCACCACAUCACCAGUGCAAUCAGUGCAAUCCUUCCUCCUGUGCCUCACUGAGGAAGCUUGGAUCUGCCAGAGAUCAAGAUCCCUAUGUAAAGUUAAUACUCAAAGUGACAAAAGCUUACCUGAAUCAAGGAGCCUUAAGGUUACUCCAGUAACAGCCAGACCUUUAGAAAGGUGGAAGAGCAUCAAGAACAGUCUGCCACUCUCCUUCCCUGUCUGCCCUCUUCCAUCUGGCUGUGGCCACGAUGUCAUCAGCAUAAUCACUGUGUAAUCAAUGCAUUCUGUAGCCAACCGAAAAGGUGGUGGCUGGGUUGUGAUAAGAUGCAGAUAGUUUCACACUGUGGUGUGCAAUCUGUGGGAGGGACACGUGUAUAAGAGGCUGCAUUGUACAGUGGUGUGAAUAGCUCUGUGCCUGACCCUAAACAGGACAUGGUGGAUGUGCUUACCCAGGCAGGAGUUAAAAAAUCUUCUUCCUGUGUUACAGCCUUAUCUCGUUACUCUGUGAAUGGGCAUUUAAUUUCAUUCCUACACAGGGAUCAUUAGCUUCUGGGUCAAAAGCAGAAAAAGGCAGCUCUGCAGAGGAAGGACCUCUCAAAAGGGGUAGAGGACUCACAGCAGCAAGGGAGAGUCGCAGAUUUUGCAGGGACAGCAGUUGUGAAAAUGCAGGCAUUUCUAGAGAGCUACUGAUGGGUCUCUGCGGAGUGAGGACUGGGCUCUCAACAUGGAGAUCUGUGACAUCAUUAACGAGACUGAAGAAGGGCCCAAAGAUGCAUUCCGAGCCAUUAAGAAGAGAAUUGUAGGGAAUAAGAACUUCCAUGAAGUUAUGCUGGCUUUGACGGUUCUGGAGACCUGCGUCAAGAACUGCGGCCAUCGCUUCCACGUCCUUGUGUCCAGCCAGGACUUUGUAGAAGGUGUCCUGGUGAGAACAAUCCUGCCAAAGAAUAAUCCACCUGCCAUAGUGCAUGACAAGGUGCUGACCCUCAUCCAGUCCUGGGCAGAUGCCUUCCGCAGCUCUCCAGACUUGACUGGUGUCGUUGCUGUCUAUGAAGACCUGAGACGGAAGGGUUUGGAGUUCCCCAUGACUGAUCUGGACAUGCUGUCACCUAUCCACACACCACAGAGGACUGUGUAUAACUCCAAUUCUCAAUCUGGACAGAACUCACCUGCAGUCAACUCCCCUCAGCAGAUGGAGUCCAUCCUCCACCCUGUCACCCUGCCCCCCGGGAGGGGCACAUCCAGCGAUGCGCCCAUCACACCCACACCAGAGCAGAUCGGGAAGCUGCGCAGUGAGCUGGAAGUGGUGAAUGGGAACACAAAGGUGAUGUCGGAGAUGUUGACGGAGCUGGUGCCAUCCCAGGCCGAGCCUUCUGACCUGGAGCUGCUGCAAGAGCUGAAUCGGACAUGCAGAGCCAUGCAGCAGCGAGUCCUGGAGCUGAUUCCCCGUGUCCUCCAUGAGCAACUCACCGAGGAGCUGCUCCUCAUCAAUGACAACCUCAAUAACGUGUUUCUGCGCCAUGAAAGGUUCGAGCGACUUCGGACAGGACAGCCUGUUAAGGCACCAAAUGAGGCAGAGAACAGCUUGAUUGACCUGGGACCCAAUACUCCUUCAGCACUGAAACAGCCUGAAGUCACCAGCAACCUUUCCUCUCAGCUGGCUGGAAUGAACCUGGGCUCAAGCAGUGUAAGUGCAGGGCUGCACUCCCUCGACACUUCUGGCAAGCUGGAAGAAGACUUUGACAUGUUUGCCCUGACCCGUGGCAGCUCGCUGGCUGAGCAGCGCAAAGGGGUUAAGUAUGAAGACCCCCAAGCCACCAAAGGCCUUGCUGGUGCCCUGGAUGCCCGGCAGCAGAACACAGGAGCGGGGGAGUCUGGUGCCUCUAGUGAUGGAGCCCAGCUGACAAAGUGGAUGAUGCGUCAAGGAAUGGUACCAGUUCCUCAAGCCAAUUUCAUGGAAGACAUAGAAAAGUGGCUCUCCACUGACGUGGGAGAAUCAGAGGAUCCAAAAGGUGUCACCAGUGAAGAGUUUGACAAAUUUCUGGAAGAGCGAGCGAAAGUUGCGGACCGCCUCCCCACUUUGUCCAGCUCCUCAGCAGGGACGUCUCUGUCCCCUCCUGCUGCCAGCCACCAUCGGAAGCAAGCAAAGGAAGAUGAUGCUAUGUUUGCCUUGUGAAUGCUAUGGACUGGUGUGCUGUGGAGCAAGAGGCUGUGUGUGCUGUUUUGCUUGCCUCCAACCAGGGGCCAGCAGAGGAAGGACUCUGUCCCCUUCCUCCAUUCUCUUCCUGUUUUACCUUUGAGUUGGUUUUAUUUUUAAGCUGCUUUCAGACUUCAGAUAAUCUUUGUUGUGUUUAGGGAUAUCAUAUAAUAGACUUGUAAAGGGGGUUUCAAAGCUGCUAGAGCAUGUGGGAGUUCAGUGGGCUUUUCUUUUUAUGGUACAGUGUGGGCAAAGCAGAAGAAGCUCCGGAAGAAGCUCCCCCAUCCUACUCUCCAGUGAGGUAGUUAGAGAUCUUGCCCAAGAAGCAGGAGAGGCUGCAGUCUGCUGCUGAAAUCAUUCCUGCCUGCCUCUUUCCUCAUCCCUCCCCUAGAAUGUAUCUCCAGCCCUCUGCCUGCCAGUGUUAGACUGGAAAGCACAAGGAUGUGAAGCAUUACUGGUGACUGAGAAGGAACACUAAUGGUAGAGGGACCCUGUUGCUCUAACCUCUCUUGCACAAGUGUUUGUGGUAUGCAACACCUUCCCACUUACAAGCCCUUCUCUUCCUCUUCCUCAGCUCCUUUUCCCCAUCAGUUUAUACAGAAUCUUACCCACAGCCCAGAUGUUUCCAUUGCAUGUCAGCCAGUUGUCCAAGCCCUUGGCAGCACACAGGACUGCGAGCGGUACCCCAGGCUGAAGGAGCUGUCUCCCACGGGGUAGGAUGUGCCUUCAGCAAACUAUUUGCAGUUAAUUUAAUUCUCCAUUAUCCUGCUUUUCUCCCAUUGUGAUCCUACCUCCCUCUCUCACUUCCACUGAUGCCUUCCACCACAUUGUGCCGUGGUGUGGGGAGUCCCUCCGAGCCAGGCCAAUGCUGCCAACUCCCUCGGGAUGGCUGUGUGUGCCGGGGUCACAGAGUGUGUCCCCUGAAGCAGGAGGGCCUUCCAUCAGCACUGUUACACCAGUGGGAACGUGCUUUGCUGCAGAAGCUUCUUCAGCUGGUGGGCACAGAGGGGAAGUGAGACAUCAGUCAUCUCAUGCCCUGCAGCAGGAGAGAAAAACCUCUCCUCUGCACAUGGGGAGAAAAACCCUUCAGAGCAAACCGCACACGCUGCCCACUUGUAAAUGAAAGCCAGGGAGGAGGGUGCCAAGCUCAGGGCUCCUGCUCGUGGGAUUUCUUGUUGAGCAUGGGAGAGUUGUCUUUUUUUACUGCACAUUAAAGGAGCAAAGGCUUGAGCCUCCCUUGAAAAUA